AUCAUGAAUUUGAAUAAAUAAGAAUCAAAAUAAAUCCAAUAAUAAACCCAAUUGAUAAUCAAACAUAACCUCUAAAACUUCACGUCAAACCAACAAACAUAACCUACAAAAACUAACCUAUAAAAAAUCAUGUCAGAUCAGUACGGUAAAAUAAUAAGUUUAAUUUUACAAGAAAGAUUUGGAGAUGUCGUGGAAUCGGUUGCAAACUAUCUAUUUAGAUACGGUCCGAGUACAUUAUUCCAUCUUAAAAAAUUCACCGAAAUCCCCGUUUCAAAAAUUAAAGAUUCUCUUGCUGUACUUCUAAAAUAUAAUCUUGUAUCAACGAAAUCGAAACAUAACACAAUAAUGUAUACUUUAUUAAGUAAUAAAGUUCUUUUGAUGCUUCGAUAUCCAAAGUAUGUAAAAACAUUGAAAAAGAAGUUUGGUGUUGAAGCUGGAAUGGUGAUGGAAGAAAUUUUACAAAAAGGAUAUGUAAAACAUACCGAUUUGAUUGAUGCAGUUUUGUUGAGGUUAUCCACGAUAGGAAAUGGAAUACAUAAAAAUGUUUUAGAAGAAAAAAUUAAAUCUUUAGAAAUCGCAAAUUAUUUAAUUAAUUAUAAAAUAGGUGAAGAUAUAAAAGUUGAUGAGAAAAAACUUACCACUAAAGUUUACACAGUUAAUUUUGAUCGUUUCCACCAAGAUAUGCGAGAUGAACUAAUAGUCCAAGCGUUUGAAAAUAAAUUUGACUCAAAUGCGGGUGAAUUAAUAAGAUUAUUUAUCCAACAAAUGUAUGUCCGAACAGAACCUUGGGCAGAAACAUCAAACCCUGUUCCAACAUUAGAAGUUAAAGAUAUAGUGAAGAAAAUGAAUUCUUUUCCUUUAUUAUUAGCUUCAUUUGACCAUUACAUAACAGUGUUAGAUCAAGACACUUCAAAAUUUAUGCAAAAAGUAGGUGAAGCAAGCGGUGGGUCGUAUCAAUUAUGCAUGAAAGGAAUUUUUACAGUUUUUGCUUGGGAAAUUUGCGAACAAAUUGUUUUGGAAAAAUUUGAUUCAAAAGCAGCAAGAAUUUUUCGCUUGGUUAAAAACAAAUCGUACAUCGAACCAGAACAAAUUCAAAAAUUAGCCAUGAUCCCCGCAAAAGAAGCUAAAAGACUUUCGUAUCAACUUGUUGAGGAAAAUUUUUUUCAAAUACAAGAACUUAAAAAAGUCGCAAGUGCUAGCAAUACAGGCCCAAACAAGUCAUUCGUCUUAUUUCAUAUUCAAUUUAAUUGUUUGGUUAGAACAAUUAUUGAGAUGUGUUAUAAGACAUUGUUUAAUGUUAUGACAAGAAGGACGCAUUUUAAAUUUUUGAAUAAACGGAUUAUUGAUAAAAAACAGAGGAUUGAUACGAUUUUGUUGAGCAUGAAAGCUCAAGGUGCUGCUGAGGAACAACUUCAAGAUAUUGAAGAAAUGUUAACACCACCUGAACGUGAGGUUUUAGCCAAAAUUGAAAUAUCAUUAAAAAAAUUAAAUGCUUUAGAAAUUGAAAUUGAUGAAACUUUGUUUUAUUUGGAAUUAUAUUUACAUUAUCAAUAA